AUGUCAUUUUGGCCAUUUGGGCAAAAUUUAAGUCAUUCUAAUAUUAAUAAAAUAUUAGAAGAAUAUAUUCAAGUCCUGCAUCGUGAUGAUAAUGAUAACAAGCAUAAUGAAGAAAAUGUACGAAUAGAUGAAAUUAACAAAAAAACAAGCGACUUCGCUGAAGAUAACAUAGAUCCAAUUGAUUCUAAUCCUGUAAAUGAUACAUAUAGGGACUCUGUGCCUAUUAAAAAAUCAAACGCUAUUAACUCAAAUGAAGAUAAUGUUCAAAACAAAGAGGACACUCUAAUACCACAGCAUUUGGCAGAACGAAAACUGGAUAGUUAUUUUAUCGACACUAUAUUAGAUGAUCCAGAAUUGUUAAAUGAGUUGAUGAGACAAAACAGCUCCUUAUUGGACUUUAUUUGUUUGGGUUAUUUUUAUGAUUACAAUUGCGAUAAUGACAAUAAUAGUAUUUCAUACAAUGAUAUUGAUGUUAGUAAUGAAAGUAACGAAAUUAAGAGUAAUAACAGUAACGAUAAUGAUUAUGAUGAACAUAUUUCAAACAAGAAAAAACCUAAAUUCCUUAAAAUGAUUCAUAACUUAGAAUAUUUGAUUGAUAUUUUAAUGGACAGUAUUGAUAAAAUCAUCCUUGAUGAUGAAACUAAUGAGAGUGAGAUUGAUAUUAGUAACGAAACUGUUAUUGGAAAUGACUCUCUAAAUGAAGAUUUGAAGGAAGAUAAUGAUAAGGAUAAUUAUGAUAAUAGUUCUUUGAACAAUGUUCCAGGCCAAUUAAAUGAUGAAAAUAAUGACGAUUUCCAUUUAAAUAGGGCAAACGUAAUAUCUGAUAUCUUUUCAUUAGAUAUCUGGAUAAUUACAGAAUCAUUGGUUAAAAAUCAAAAAUAUCUAAAUAAAAUAUGGGCUGUACUGAAAAACAAGAAUUUUAAGUAUGAAAAAUCACCAUUAAUUCCAAUAUUCUUAAAGAUAAAUCAAAAUCUGUUAUUGACAAGACAAGAUCAGUAUUUAAAUUUUAUUAGAUCACUUCCUACAUUUGUAGAUGACAUGCUUGAACAUAUUACUAUUACAGUGAUGAUGGAUUUCUUCCUAAAAUGUAUCUCAACCGAUAAUCUGGAAGCACCAACAGGAAUAAUUGAAGUUGUACGUGAUCAAGCAUUGAUAUCAAAGACAUUAGCAUUUUUUGACAACGAGAACUAUAGCGCAGACUUCCAGGCGUGUACUUGUGAUUUCCUAAAGGCAUUGAUUGCAAUUUCUGCAAAUGCUCCACUUGAUGACAUGUCAAUUGGUCCAAACUCUUUGACAAGAGAAUUGGCAUCUCAAGAAUCUAUUAUGAAGUUUGUGGAAAUUAUAGUAAGUCAAAGAGGAUCUGCAUUGAAUAACAUAGUUUCGAUUGUAAUAGAAUUGAUUCGAAAAAAUAACUCUGAUUAUGAUACUAUCAAUCUUUUAAAUACAACAAUUCAAGAUUUUCCACCUUCUAAUAGAGACCCUAUUUAUCUGGGGUAUCUCUUGAGACAGUUUUCUUUAAAUCUUAAAGAUAUUUUAGAGAUUAUAGUAGAUUCGGAUGAUCAAAGUACAUAUCUCAAUCAAUUAGGACAGUCAUUCAAACCUUUAGGUUUUGAAAAAUUUAAAAUAGUUGAGUUGAUAGCUGAACUAUUACAUUGUUCAAAUAUGGCUUUAAUGAAUUCUAAAAAAGUAGAAAAAAUUGCUAGAUCUAGAGAUCACUUUAGACAUCAACUUACAAAUCAACUUCAAGAUGCGUUACAAGAUCUAACUAUUUCUAGUUCUGUUGAAACAAACAAUGAUAAUCUAGGUGACUCUGUAAAUAAAAUUAAAUCCAUUUCUAGUGAUGAUGAAAUGAACUCAGAAAGUUCAAAUCAAAUGGAGAGUGAAGAAGAGCUUGAUGAAUCAUUUGAGAUUCCAUAUGUUAACGAAAAUCAAAAUUUAAAACUGAGAAACAAUCCAACUGUAGGUGAUCUAUUCAAAAUCAGUUUACAUGACACUCAAAUUUUACCUAUUAUCAUUGAUCUCUUCUUAUCACAUCCAUGGAACAACUUUUGGCACAAUGUUAUCUUCGAUAUUAUUCAACAGAUUUUUAAUGGUAGAAUGGACUUUUCUUACAAUUCAUUUCUAGUCUAUUCUCUAUUCGAUUCGGUUGGAGCUAGAAAUUUUAUGGAUUUGGAAAAUGGUAAGAAUCCUUCCCUAACCGAUAAACCAAUGAAGAUUACUAAUGACUUCAUUUUAAGAGGUUAUAAAGAUUCGUAUGAUUUCUACGAAGAAAAUCGUAUGAGUUUAGGGUAUAUGGGUCAUUUGGUCCUUAUUGCAGAGGAAGUGGUUAAAUUUUCAAAGUUAUAUAAAAUUGAGUUGAUAUCCCCAGGUAUAUAUGAUACCAUUCAAGAAGAUGCCUGGAAAUUUUAUUCUGAUGAAAUCCUACAUAGUACAAGAAUAAUGUAUUCCAAAAUUUUAGGUGGCGGUAAUUAUGUCGAUGAUGGUAACGGUAACAUUAUCCCACAAUUACCAGAUCCUCAGCCACAAGAUAUUGAUGGAGAUAUGGAAACUUCUUCGGUUUCUUGUAGUGAAGAAGGGUUUGAUGAGAAUGGUGAAGAUGGUAAAUUGAUUAAUUCUGAGUCUGCGGAUGAACCAUUAAGGUUUUUCACAGAAUUGGAUUUACAUGAUAAACUUAAAUCGUUAUGGAAUCACAUUAAUGGAGACACAAAUACAUUGAAUGAUGAGCGGAUACCUGAAUCGAUUGAAGAUGAUUCUACUGAUAAAGCUGAAAUAAGUGACGAUAAUAUUGCUCCUAUGGCGGUUAGUUGUGAUUCAGGAUAA